AUGUGUCUGUCCAGCCGUCGAUGGCCAGUCUUUGAGAGGAGUUUUGGUCAAGAGGAUCAAGAAAGCCUUGAUAUUCAUGAGCUGACAAAAGACGACAUUCGGAAGUUUGUGCAUGCUCAGCUGAGGGCUGGUCCUCGCUGGAGUCUCGAUACAUCCGAAAAUGCUUCCUUGAAGCAGGCUGAGCUCGUUGAUCGAAUCGUGGCUCAGGCCAAUGGUGUAUUUCUCUGGGCUUUCUUUGUUACGCGAUCUUUACGAGAAGGUCUUUCGAAUGGCGAGAGAUUGGAAGAUCUGGCCGCACGCCUCAGCCGAUUACCCUCAGACUUGGAUCAUCUUUUCCAGCACAUGUUGGAUAGCGUGAACCCUGCCGAUCAUCGUAAAAUGGCGGGAAUCUUACAGGGGGCUAUACAUGCUCUGGAGCCGCUUCACGUCGAUAUUUACUGGCAAUUGGAAAGAGAACUAGAGGAUGUCAAGUCUCUUUCUAAAGAAACGAUAACACCAAACCCCAAGGAAAAUGUCGCUCUGCGGAGAGAGCAAUCCAGUUACAGCAUCAACGAGAAGACUAAAGGACUGCUCAAGCUUGUCAACGACCGAGUCGAGUUCCUUCACAGGACCGUAAAGGACUUCAUUUUAACGAAAGAUAUCGGCGAGUACCUCCGGGGGAAGCUUCCGACUGACUAUAAUGGCUUCAUCUCCAUCGCUGCUGCAUAUCUCGGGUUCCUGAGAGCCACACGCCAAGAUAAUUCACUGGUCGCAGACAUUAUUAGGCAAGGGCGAGGGAUGAACACCGGUCCAUAUAUUGCACAUCUGAACCAAGCCCUGCUUUAUGCGUCCGAAGCGCUGAAACAGACAGAUCAACUUGGUUCCAGCCAGAGCCGGCAGGUCGAACAGCUCUUGGAUGAGUACGAGGCAGCCAUUGUCAACAUGGUCAAACUCGGCCAGUUGACAGUCAGGGGCGUUAAUGCUGGCGGAUGCGAUCCGAGAGUGCUGUUCCGCGAAGAGCUCCUCCGUCAUGAUCUAGCGCCUUAUUUGGCAAAGAAAAUUCGCCAGAUGCCGGAUUUCUUCGAUGUCUUCGACGAGUCGCCCCUGUAUGCAGCGCUCAUGCCCAUGUCUCGCGGCAGUGGCGAAAGUUCUGCGCCUGCACUAGGAGUCCUCGAUAUACUUCUUGGCCGUGGAGUGGAUCCAAACUCGGUUCCGAGAGAAAUAGGCAUCUUGGGCGAUCUCGAUGCACCUUCGCCGUGGGUUGCGUUCGCUCGCAGCACAAUGUCUGUCUUCAACAUGCUGUCAGGGCCGUGCAUGUUCCCUGCCCAGCGAUGGAACGACUCCCUGAAGAAUGCCACAUUUAGCCGCUUGCUGUCUCACGGCGCGGACCCCAACAAACCUCUGCUGGACCGCCCGGGAGCCCGCACCGUCUUCUCACACUUCUUGGAUAUCUCCUUGUCCAAAUUCCUCGGCGAGGAAUGCUUCGAAGACUAUCCAAAGACACUAGAUGCGUUUCUGCGAGCAGGCGCUAGUCUGGGUGUGCCCGAGCUGCGCAGGCAGGAUGGUUCAACUGUAGAAGCUGCCUUUGGGAACCUAGCGAGAAGACACCCAGAAGAGUCGAUUUUAGCGUCGUUUUGCAAUGAGCUCAAGAGCCUCAUGGCAAGAUUGACAGCCGACCCGCCGAGAGCUACGUUUACCAUCACUGCCGCGGCAGAGAAGGAGACCUAA